CGCCCCUCACAGGGCUCGCGGCAGGGCUGCGUGUCCGGCGCGAGUGGCUCCACGGUCGGAGCCACCCCGGAGCCGGUGAACCGAGCGGUCUCGAGAGAAGGGCGCGGGAGGGCAGGCGCAGGAAGAAGGAGCGCCGCGUCCACCGCGGCUGAAGAAAAUGGUGUUCGAGUCGGUGGUCGUGGACGUGUUGAACCGGUUCUUGGGGGACUAUGUGGUGAACCUGGACACGUCCCAGCUCACGCUGGGCAUCUGGGGAGGAGCUGUGGCCCUCAAGAAUCUUGAAAUUAAAGAAAAUGCUCUGAGUCAGCUGGAUGUACCAUUUAAAAUUAAAGUUGGUCAUAUAGGUAAUCUUAAUCUUAAAAUUCCAUGGAAAAACCUUUAUACUCAACCAGUUGAAGCCGUAUUGGAAGACAUUUAUUUACUCAUAGUACCUUCUUCUAUAAUAAAAUAUGAUCCUUUAAAAGAAGAAAAACAACUCUUAGAAGCAAAGCAACAGGAACUGAAAAGAAUAGAAGAAGCAAAACGAAAAGUAGCUGAUCAAGAAAAACAGCGGGUGGAGAAACAGGACACUUUUACAGAGAAAUUAAUUACUCAGAUAAUAAAAAAUCUUCAAGUGAAAAUUUCCAACAUCCAUAUUCGUUAUGAAGAUGAUAUCACAGAUCGAGAGAACCCACUGUCAUUUGGUAUUUCCCUCCAGAAUCUCAGCAUGCAGACAACUGAUCAAUACUGGGUUCCAUGUUUACAUGAUGAAACUGAGAAGCUAUUUCGUAAGUUAAUCCGAUUGGAUAACCUUUUUGCCUAUUGGAAUGUGAAGUCUCAGAUGUUUUAUCUUAAUAAUUAUGAUGAAUCAUUGAACAGCCUGAGGAAUGGCAUUGUUGAUGAAAAUAUUGUUCCAGAAGGUUACAAUUUUGUAUUUCGCCCCAUAUCUGCUAAUGCCAAACUUCAGAUGAAUCGCCGAUCGGAUUUUGACUUUUCUGCCCCCAAAAUAAACCUGGAUGUUGAGUUACAUGACAUAGCAAUUGAAUUUAAUAAACCACAGUAUUUCAGUCUUAUGGAGCUUCUUGAAUCAGUUGAUAUGAUGACGCAAAAUCUACCAUAUAGGAAAUUCAAACCUGAUGUACCUCUUCAUUACCAUGCCAAAGAAUGGUGGGUUUAUGCUAUACAUGGUAUUCUUGAAGUAAAUGUUUGGCCCCGUUUACGGAUGUGGUCAUGGAAGCAUAUUAGAGAACAUAGGCAAAAAGUGAAGCAGUACAAAGAACUGUAUAAAAGAAAGCUAACAAGUAAGAAGCCGUCUGGUGAACUGCUCAGCUCUUUGGAGGAGUUGGAAAAGACUUUGGAUGUAUUUAAUAUAACUAUAGCAAGACAACAGGCAGAAGUUGAGGCAAAGAAAUCUGGAUACAGGAUUUACAGAGAAGGAGCAAAUGAGUCAGAAGAUAAUAAAGGAUGGUUUAGCUGGCUGUGGAAUUGGUCAGAAUCACAUACUAAACAACAACCAGAUGUUAAACCUGGAAGUCUUGAAGAAAUGUUGACACCUGAAGAAAAAACUUUACUAUAUGAAGCAAUUGGCUAUAGUGAAACAGCAGUUGAUCCAACCUUGCCAAAAACAUUUGAAGCCAUCAAGUUUUUUGUUCACUUGAAAAGUAUGUCUAUUAUUCUGAGAGAAAAACAACAAAAAUCUGAGCUGUUAGAUAUUGUAGUGGAAGAAUUCAGCACGUUGAUUGUGCAAAGACCAGGAGCACAAGCAAUUAAAUUUGAGACCAAAAUAGAUUCGUUUCAUGUUACUGGCUUACCAGAUAAUUCGACAAAACCCCGCCUCCUGUCUUCAUUGGAUGAUUCUGCAUCACUCUUCCAAAUUAUAUUUGAGAUAAAUCCAUUAGAUGAAACUGCUGCUCAGAGGUGUAUCAUAGAAGCUGAACCUUUAGAAAUGCUAUAUGAUGCAAGAACUGUGAAUAGUAUAGUGGAAUUCUUCAGACCUCCAAAGGAAGUAAAUCUAGCACAGCUGACUUCAGCGACUUUGACAAAACUUGAAGAAUUCCGUGAUAAGACAGCGACAGGUCUGUUAUACAUUAUCGAAACACAGAAAGUUCUUGAUCUCAAAAUUAAUUUGAAGGCUUCAUAUAUUAUACUCCCACAAGAUGGAGUUUUUAGCCCUACAUCCAGUCUACUUAUUUUGGAUCUUGGUCAUCUAAAGGUGACAAGUAAAAUUCGUUCAGAAUUACCAGAUUUAAAACAAGGUGGCCCCAAACUUGAAGAGAUAAUGGAUAGAGCUUAUGAUUCCUUUGAAAUUCAGCUUACAAGCAUACAGCUGCUUUACAGCAGAGUUGGUGAUAAUUGGAAAGAAGCACGAAAACUCAAUGUAUCUGCACAACAUAUUUUGGUACCUAUGCACUUCAAUGUGGAACUCUCUAAGGCCAUGGUUUUCAUGGAUAUAAGGAUGCCCAGAUUCAAGAUUUUUGGGAACUUACCACUGAUUUCUUUAAGAAUCUCAGAUAAAAAACUGCAGGGGAUUUUGGAAUUGAUUGAAAGCAUCCCAAAACCCCCACCUGCAACUGAAGUCAGUGCCCCUGUGAAGCCAUUUCAGAUGGAAAGAUCCACUUCUUUAGGAACAUCCCAGAUUUCACAGAAAAUGUUUCCUCUCUUGGAAAUUCCGUGUGUUGAUGAUGAUUCAGAGGAGGAGUUUUUUGAUGCAGUAUGUAGUCCCUUGGAAGAGCCUCUUCAAUCUCCAACUGGAGUUGAAAGUCCUCAACAGAAAAAGCCAUACUGUUCAAAAAAUAUGAUUGAGUAUAAAAUAAGAUUUGAAGUGCCAGAGGUUUUGAUUCAAUUUUGUCAACUUGUUGGAGAUUGUGAACUACCUGUGGUAGAAAUUAAUGUCUUAGGAUUGGGCACAGACAUUGAGCUUAGAACAUUUGAUUUGAAAGCAAAUGCCUUUUUGAAAGAGGUCUGCUUAAAAUGCCCCGAAUACUUAGAUGAAAAUAUGAAACCGGUUUAUUUGAUUACAACACUGGAUAACACAAUGGAAGAUCUGUUAACACUGGAAUAUGUGAAGGCUGAAAAGAAUUUACCCAACUUGAAAAGUACCUAUGACAAUGUCGUGCAGCUGAUUAAGGUGAAUUUUUCGUCUUUGGAUAUUCAUUUACAUACUGAAGCACUUCUGAAUACAAUAAAUUAUUUUAAUAAUACCCUUCCACAAUUGGAGGAAAAAUCAGCCCCAAUACACGUUGCGGAGACCGAAGACAAAGGAGAGGUUAUUAAAAAAAUACCUUUAAAACUAUCCAAGAAUGAAGAUAUUAUUACUUUGCAGAUUUUAGCAGAGUUAUCGUGUUUACGGAUAUUUAUUCAAGAUCAGAAACAUAACAUUUCAGAAAUUAAGAUUGAAGGGCUUGAUUCUGAGAUGAUUAUGAGGCCUUCAGUGACUGAAAUAAAUGCAAAGCUAAGGAAUAUAAUUGUUUUGGAUUCUGAUAUAAAUGCUGUAUACAAAAAGGCUGUUUAUAUAACUGGAAAAGAAGUUUUCAGCUUCAAAAUGAUUUCUUACAUGGGUGCGACUGCUGGUUCUGCAUACACAGAUAUGAAUGCGGUUGACGUUCAAGUUAAUUUAACCGUUGGUUGCAUUGAAGUAGUUUUCGUCACAAAAUUUCUAUGUUCUAUACUGGCUUUUAUAGAUAAUUUUCAAGCAGGUAAACAAGCCUUGGCUGAGGCAACUGUUCAGGCAGCAGGAAGGGCUGCUACUGGUGUAAAAGAACUGGCACAAAGGAGCUCUAGAAUGGCAUUGGAUGUUAACAUCAAAGCCCCAGUUGUGGUUAUCCCACAGUCUCCAGUUUCUGAAAAUGUUUUUGUUGCUGAUUUUGGGCUAAUUACGAUGACAAAUACAUUCCAUGUGAUAACAGACAGCCAGACCAACCCCCCGCCCAUUAUUGAUUUGAUAACAGUAAAGCUGAGUGAAAUGCGACUAUACAGGACUCAAUUUAUUAAUGAUGCAUACCAGGAUGUACUGGAUCUUCUACUGCCAUUAAAUCUUGAGGUGAUUGUUGAGCGAAAUUUAUCCUGGGAGUGGUAUCAAGAAGUUCCUUGUUUUAAUGUAAAUGCUCAUCUAAAGCCCAUGGAGUUCAUUCUUAGUCAAGAAGAUAUAACAAUUAUUUUUAAAACAUUAUAUGGCAAUAUAUGGUAUGAAGAUGGUGGUAGUGCCUCAAAUGCAGGAAUAAAAGAUCAGUCUAGUGUUACUAGUGGAAUUACUCAUGCUUCACACCGUACAGGAGGAACAACUGUAGUGACAGCUGCUGUGGUGGAAGUACAUUCACGUCCUUCUCAAAUUAAGACAACACUAAAUAUGAGUUUCAAAACUGAUUAUCUUACCAUGGCACUGUAUAGUCCGGGUCCUAAACAGACUUCCUUCACAGAUAUUCGUGAUCCUUCUCUGAAUCUUGCUGAAUUUAAGUUGGAGAAUAUUAUAAGUACUUUAAAAAUGUAUACAGAUGACUCAACGUUUUCUUCCUUCUCAUUAAAGAACUGUAUUUUAGAUGACAAAAGGCCUCAUGUCAAGAAGGCGACUCCUAGAAUGAUAGGACUGACAGUUGGGUUUGACAAAAAGGACAUGAUGGAUGUACGGUAUAGGAAAGUCAGAGACGGAUGGGUGGCUGAUUUAGUCCUUCAAGAAAUGUAUAUUUGUGCAAGUGUGGAAUUUCUCCUGACCGUUGCAAAUGUCUUUCUUGAGGCCUACACCACAGGCACUGCUGUAGAAACCAAUGUUCAAACAUGGCCUGCUAAAGAAGAAGUGCCUAUACAGGAAUCAGAGAAGUGGGAAAUUAAUGUCCUUAUUAAAAAUCCUGAAAUUGUGUUUGUGGCUGAUAUGACAAGAAAUGAUGCUCCUGCCUUAGUCAUUACAACACAGUGUGAAAUUUGUUGGAAAGGUGACUUUGAAAAUAAUACAAUGACUGCUGCCAUUAAAGAUCUCCAAGUCAGAGCAUGCCCAUUUCUUCCAGUCAAGAGAAAAGGAAAAAUCACUACUGUUUUGCAGCCCUGUGACUUAUUCUGUCAAGCUACUCAGAUAAGUACAGAUCCACAGGUGAUUGAUUUAUCAGUAAAAUCACUGACACUGAAGGUUUCACCAGUUAUCAUAAAUACUGUGAUCACCAUAACUUCAGCACUUUAUACAGCUAAGGAAACCAUCCCACAAGAAACUGCUGCUUCUACAGCACAUUUAUGGGAAAAGAAAGAUACAAAGAAUUUGAAAAUGUGGUUUCUUGAAGAACCAGAUGAAGCUGAAAAAAUAGCUCCCACAACUGAAUUGGUACCCAAAGGAGAGAUGAUAAGAAUGAACAUUGAUUCUAUUUUUAUAGUUCUUGAGGCUGGAAUUGGUCAUAGAACCGUGCCUAUGCUUUUAGCAAAAUCACAUUUCUCAGGGGAAGGCAAAAACUGGAGUUCUCUAAUAAAUCUCCACUGUCAGCUUGAGCUCGAAGUACAUUAUUACAAUGAAAUGUUUGGUGUAUGGGAGCCUUUGCUUGAACCCUUAGAAAUUGAUCAGACUGAGGAUUUUAGACCAUGGAAUCUUGGAAUCAAGAUGAAAAAGAAAGCCAAAAAGGCCAUUGUUGAGUCAGGUACUGAAGAAGAAAAUUAUAAGGUGCCAGAAUAUAAAACUGUCAUCACUAUCCAUUCAAAAGACCAACUAAACAUUACAUUAUCCAAAUGUGGCCUUGUAAUGUUAAAUAACUUAGUCAAGGCAUUUACGGAAGCUGCCACUCGAUCUUCAGCUGUCUUCAUAAGGGAUCUAGCACCAUUUAUGAUUUUAAACUCUCUUGGACUUAAUAUCUCUGUUUCGCCAAGUGAAUCUUUUAGCGUACUCAGCGUACCUAUGGCAAAAUCAUACGUGUUGAAAAGCGAGGAGAGUUUAAGUAUGGAUUAUGUCCGAACUAAAGACAAUGAUCAUUUCAAUGCAAUGACGAGCCUAAGCAGCAAACUCUUCUUCAUUCUUCUUACACCUGCUAACCACUCUACUGCUGAUAAAAUCCCUUUAACAAAAGUGGGACGACGACUGUACACUGUAAGACACAGAGAGUCUGGAGUUGAAAGAUCUAUUGUUUGUCAAAUUGAUGCAGUGGAAGGAAGUAAGAAGGUAACAAUUCGCUCCCCUGUGCAGAUUAGAAAUCAUUUUUCAAUACCACUUUAUGUUUAUGGAGGGGACGCCUUACUGGGAACGGCUUCACCUGGAAAUGAAUUUAACAUACCAUUAGCGUCCUACCGAUCACUCCUUUCUCUGAAGCCAGAAGAUGAAGACUAUCAAAUGUGUGAAGGAAUUGACUUUGAAGAAAUUAUGAAAAAUGAUGGCACUUUUCUAAAGAAGAAAUGUAGAGCUAUAAACCCUUCUAAAAAGCCAUUCAUCAUUAAUAUUGUCCCAGAAAAAGAUAACUUGACAUCUGUGUCAGUGUAUUCCGAAGAUGGUUGGGAUUUACCAUACAUAAUGCAUUUGUGGCCACCUAUCCUACUCCGAAAUCUUCUUCCUUACAAAAUUGCCUAUUACAUAGAGGGGAUUGAAAGUAGAGUUUUUACUCUACAUGAAGGCCGCUCAUCCCAGAUUUGUACUGUACAGUCAGAUAAAGCCAGGCUGCAUUUAAAAUUACUUGACUAUCUUAAUCAUGAUUGGAAAAGUGUAUAUCAUAUAAAACCUAAUCAACAAGAUAUUAGUUUCAUCAGUUUUACUUGUGUCACAGAACUAGAAAAGACUGAUUUAGAUAUUGCUAUCCAUGUGACUUAUAAUAUUGGCCAGACAGUGAUAGCAUUUCAUAGUCCCUAUUGGAUGGUCAAUAAAACUGGUCGAAUGUUACAGUACAAAGCAGAUGGAAUUCAUCGAAAGCAUCCACCUGAUUAUAAAAAGCCAGUUCUCUUUUCUUUUCAGCCAAAGCACUUUUUUAAUAACAAUAAGGUUCAGCUUAUGGUAACCGAUAGUGAAUUGUCAGAUCAGUUUUCAAUUGAUACUGUUGGUAGUCAUGGAGCUGUUAAAUGUAAAGGCCCGAAAAUGGAAUAUCAAGUUGGUGUCACUAUAGACCUUAGCAGUUUUAACAUUACCAGAAUUGUCACAUUUACCCCUCUUUUUUUAAUUGAAAACAAAAGCAAAUAUCGGAUAUCAGUGGCUGAAGAGGGAAGUGAUAAAUGGCUCUCUGUUGAUUUGGAGCAGUGUAUCCCCUUUUGGCCUGAGGAUGCUUCUAGUAAACUUCUUAUUCAAGUUGAAAGAAGUGAAGGCCCUCCCAAAAAGAUAUAUUUUAACAAGCAAGAAAGUUGUAUUUUAUUGCGUCUAGAUAAUGAGCUUGGAGGUAUUAUAGCAGAGGUUAAUUUGGCUGAGCAUUCUACAGUUAUUAAAUUUUCAGAUUAUCAUGAUGGCGCAGCUCCAUUUCUGUUAAUAAAUCACACCAAGAAUGACAUUGUUCAGUACAAGCAAAGUUCUCUUAGUAAAAUAGAAGAUUCUCUCCCUCCUGGAAAAGCAGUAUUUUAUACGUGGGCUGAUCCUGCGGGCUCUAGAAUGCUGAAAUGGGAAUGUGGAAAAAGCUACGGUGAAGUAACACAAAAGGAUGAUAUGAUGACACCUGUAAGUUUGGGGAAAAAGACCAUUUAUUUAGUUUCAUUCUUUGAAGGCUUACAACGCAUUAUUUUAUUCACUGAAGAUCCAAGAGUAUUUAGAGUGGCAUAUGAAAGUGAGAAAGCAGAGUUAGCAGAGCAAGAAAUUGUGUUGGCGUUACAAGAUGUUGGAAUUUCUCUCGUCAAUAAUUAUACAAAGCAAGAAGUUGCCUAUAUUGGCAUUACAAGUUCUGAUGUGGUCUGGGAGACAAAGCCCAAGAAGAAGGCAAGAUGGAAGCCAAUGAGUGUAAAGCAGACUGAGAAGUUAGAGAAAGAAUUUAAGGAAUAUACUGAAUCUUCCCCUUCAGAAGAUAAGGUUAUUGAAUUGGACACUAACGUUCAGGUCUGCUUCACACCUAGUGGUACUAACAUGAAAAUUAUGCAACCACAUGUAACAGCUAUACGAAGAAAUUAUCUUCCUGCUUUAAAGGUGGAAUAUAGCACAUCUGCACAUCAAUCGUCAUUUAGAAUUCAAAUUUACAGAAUACAGAUCCAAAACCAGAUACCUGGUGCUGUAUUUCCAUUUGUGUUUUAUCCCAUUAAGCCUCCCAAGUCGGUCACCAUGGAUUCAGCACCAAAGCCCUUUACAGAUGUCAGUAUUGUCAUGAGAUCUGCAGGGCAUUCCCAGAUAUCACGUAUUAAGUAUUUCAAAGUGUUGAUCCAAGAAAUGGAUCUCAGAUUAGAUCUUGGCUUUGUCUAUGCUGUAGCAGAACUUAUGACAGAGGCUGAAGUGACUGAAAAAACAGAGGUUGAGCUUUUUCAUAAAGAUAUAGAAGCUUUCCAAGAAGAAUAUAAAAUAGUUUCAUUAGUAGAUUCAUCACAAGUCAGUCUAUAUGAGUAUUUUCACAUAUCUCCUAUCAAGUUGCAUUUAAGUGUUUCGCUGAGUUCGGGUGGAGAAGAAGCUAAAGAUUCAGAACAACAUGGAGGACAGAUGGCAGUUCAUUCUAUAAAUCUUUUGCUGAAGAGUAUUGGUGCCACUCUUACAGAUGUACAAGAUGUAGUUUUUAAGCUUGCAUUUUUUGAACUCAACUAUCAGUUCCAUACGACAUCUGAACUACAGUCUGAAGUAAUAAGACACUAUUCAAAGCAGGCCAUUAAGCAGAUGUAUGUACUCAUUCUUGGACUUGAUGUUUUGGGAAAUCCCUUUGGCUUGAUUAGAGAAUUUUCUGAAGGUGUAGAGGCAUUUUUUUAUGAACCUUACCAGGGAGCCAUCCAGGGUCCUGAAGAGUUUGUGGAGGGAAUGGCACUAGGACUGAAAGCACUAGUUGGUGGAGCUGUUGGUGGAUUAGCUGGUGCUGCCUCCAAAAUCACCAGUGCUAUGGCUAAAGGGGUAGCAGCUAUGACUAUGGAUGAAGACUACCAACAGAAGAGAAGAGAAGCCAUGAACAAGCAACCAGCUGGUCUUAGAGAAGGCAUCACUCGUGGAGGAAAAGGCUUAGUGUCUGGUUUUGUAAGUGGCAUAACAGGAAUUGUUACAAAACCAAUCAAAGGAGCUCAGAAAGAAGGAGCAGCUGGUUUCUUUAAAGGUGUUGGGAAAGGUAUAGUUGGAGCAGUGACAAGGCCAACUGGAGGCAUCAUAGACAUGGCUAGCAGUACAUUUCAGGGAAUAAAAAGAGCUACAGAGAGCUCUGAUGAAGUAGAGAGUCUGCGACCCCCUAGGUUCUUUAAUGAAGAUGGAGUUAUCAGACCUUACAGGCUGAGGGAUGGCACUGGAAAUCAGAUGUUACAGGCAUCAAAAAGUUUGAUAUGAAAACAGUUAAUGCAUGACUUUGCAUGUGAAAGCCAACAGUAGAUUUUAGCAUUAAAAUUUACAAACUACGUACAGCUGUUUCAGUAUUUUGAAUGCAAAGAAAAGCUUUUUAUGUUGGUAACUUUUUGUAUAGGAUUUUGGGCCAAUCCGAUCUUUUUUAUAGGGUAUUCUUAGUUCCAUACUGGAUUUACUAGAUUUGUUGAAAGCCAUUGUACCUUGUGUACCCUCACAGUUGAUGGUUCUUAUUUGCUCAAUUAGACCAUUUCUAUUUAGAGUACUUCUUUCUGUUUGUCAAACCACUGACAGCCUUUAUACCGGAUAUAAUCCUCAUGCCCAAGUAGGCAUGGAUAAAGAAAAAAAUCAUUGUGAAUUCUUGGGCUUUGCUUUUCUUUUGAAGAUGUUCAAAUGUCCAUGACCCUCUUACUGUUUUAUGCUUGUGUGGUCUGUUUAAAACCCUGUGGAAUUGAUAAGCAAUUCACAUGAAAACCAAUGUCUUUUAGUACGAAAAAUUAGCUUUUGGAGCAGUAGACAAUUUGAAGGUAAAAUAUUUUAUCUGUUUAGAUAACUUCUACUUUCUAAAUUGGACCUUUUGAAAUUUGGAUUAUGCUGUGGGUAACAUAAACAAUAUUAGGAUAUACCAAUUCAGAGUUGUUUCUGUGGUUUAGAUGUGGAACACUAAAUUAAACCAUUUGUUUGAAAACAAACAAGAAGUCAUUCUGUUGUAGAGACUUGAAAAUAUUCAUUGUAAUAGUAAAUUGUGGGAAGAGAUGGUUCUUUUAUAGCCUUAAUAUUUUAAAUACUGUUUUGUUUAAAGUGAACAGGGUAAAGAUUUUAAAAUUUAAUAUUUUAUCCACUACAUGCAGAGUAUAUAAUUUUUCAUUAAAUGUACUUCCAUAAAAUAUAACCAUUGAGUUAAUAUGUGAUAUUUAGUAAAGUAGUUUUACAUUGUGUUUUAAUGUGUUUAAAAUAAUUGCAUAUUGGAAUAGAACUGGCGAUUUAGUGAGAGGUUGUGUUCUAAAGGGCAUGUUGACAAACUCUACAAUGACAGUAUAUCAUUCUUUGGAAAUGUUUCAGAAGUCGCCUAUAGUUAAUACAAUAGAAGCGUACAUUUCUACUCACAAUCUGCCUUUUCUUGUUAGAACACAACAUGUUAUGAACAUUUUACUAGACUGAAGUUAUCAAAUUGCCUUUUGAGAAAUUAAAAAUACUUCUUGAGAAAGUAUUUUAUAAACUUAGGAAGUAAGGAUGAGUAGUGAGGCAAGUUUAGACAUACAUCAUCAUUGUUAAGUAACAGAUGAUAAAAAAAGCCGUGAGAUAUAACCAAAAAUUUCUCAUGGUUGAUAACUUGAUUUCAGAGACAAGUAAAUUUGUUCUACACUUUCAUUGUUUUCUGAAGCUUUAAACUUUAGGGUUUAUUGACUAUUUUUAAACUUGCCUACUGUUUUUAGUAGGCCAAUAUUAGCAUUAAUUGCUUUUAGAGAUAUUUAAGUGAGUAAAAAUUCACAAUCCUUGUCAGUCAUUACUUAUUUUUCAGCAACAGCACAAAGCACAGUAUUAACUGGAAUUCCUAUAGGAAUUCACCAGAUGCCUUAGGAUGUUCAUGUUUAGCAUUACUCUCCUACAGGUGUAAGAUGUGGGUUGUUGCUUUAGCGGUAAUAGUGCUUUUUUGAAUCAAAACUCUAUUAUUAGCAAACACUUUAAAAUAUAUAAAUGCCAGUACUGUGGCAAAGAAAUAGAUGACCUAUAAACAGUAUUUAAAAUCUCAUCUGCCUAGAUUUAAUCUAAGUGACUUAAUAAUGUCCUUAGAAAAUAUUUAGUACUUUCACGUUUGUCCUUUUAUUUUCUAAUUUUCUAAAAAAUGGUGCUCUGUGUUCACUAAGUUAUAUAUGAUAAUUAUAUAUGAGAUACAUUCUUUCAUGGUGUACCUUUCUAUCUAGAAAGUGGUCCAGUAUUAUAGUGCUUCCAAGUAGUCAAUAAAGUUGCCUACUAGAGAAAUAGAAUAAUUCUAAUAUAUUCACAGAAUACCUUAGUUUUUUCAUCCAGCUACUUUAUACAUUGAGUGUACCAACCAAUGGAGUUUAGUCUUAAGUCUACUAUGUUAUGAUAUACUAUAUCCAUAAUUAUUGCUCCGUUCAGGACUAAAAAAUCUUCAAAAUUAUUGACUCCUUGAAAUUUUUCAUAAUUUUACAUGUUUUCCAAGCAAUUUGCCAUACUUAACUAACCUUUGUGCUUCUUUUUUUCUUUACCAU